AUGAAGACUUCACUUGUACUAUUCACAGUUGAUUUUGAACAACUCACAGACGAGGAAUGGAACAUCUGCUCAGAACUCUGCUCUGUGUUGAAGCCAUUUGCACAGGUUUCAACACAGCUUAGUGCUGAGUCAUAUCCUACUGGCAGCCAAGUUGUUGUUCUGACAAGGGGAUUAUCAGUGUUUGCAGAACUUUUGAAAAGGCCAUUUAACAGUGUGACAAGGACUGUCAUUGAAGAAUUAACAAAAGGCCUGAAGGACCGUUUCCACAAUGUAGAGAUGAGCAAGUCUAUAGGAGUAGACACUCUACUAGAUCCACACUUUAAAUCUCUUGUGUUUGAAAGCCGAGUUGCAGCAGAUAAACAGCUUAUUGAACUAGUAGCACAAAAGAUGGGUGACAGAAGACUGACAAACACAGGCCAGAGCCAUGAAACUGUGUCAACAGAGGCAAACUUGAAGUAUAAGUAUCGGCUUUGAAAUUUGGUCACUGGAUACAACUAUAUUAUCUUUCAUAUUGAUAGCAGCAAUCAUCAGAUUGCAAUCCAGUUAAGUACCUGUGAGGCAUGAGAUGUCAAAAAUACUUGUGGGUUAUUGGUAGCCUGUGUCAAGGCAUGUGGCACCUCAAAGUUUGUAAGUACAGUAGCAUUUUGUUUUCUGCUUUACUUAAAAAUUGUUAGCUGUAGCACCCAUUCUG